AUCAGUUUUUGGCGGUACGCGCACCGAGAAGGUUCAUAUCACGACGGCAACGCAGCAUCGCAAAACGUAUUGUGGAAAAUUGCUGAAUGCUGCAAAACUCGUGUGCGUAAAAAUUUUUUGGCGCGUACAGGCGAAAGUCGCAGUAAAUAAAUCUAUAACAAGUUUUUUUAGUGCAACAAAAUGAAUUAAGCUCUUGGCCAACUCAAGCAGUUAGGGACAACCACAAAAUUGUGUUAAAGUGAUUACAGCAAAAAGAAAAUAAAGUGAUUUCAGUGAUGAUGCCAGCCACGCCUACAAUUGUGUUUGAGAACGGCACCAUGCUGGGUGCUAUGAGCGGCGAGCAGAGGAAACUGCAGCCGCCGAGCGCAGCAUUUGUCAUACCGGAAAUUGUGAUUAGCGGCAGCCAAAGCAGCAACAGCCUUAAUCGGAGUCGCAAUGACGUUGCCCACGAGGAAAUGCCCGCGGAGUGCACGGCGCUGCUCGAGCAGCAACUGCAACAUGCUGGAGCCGGAGCUGCCACCGAGGAGGAUAACGAAUUCGACCAAUUCAUAUUGAAUCGCACCACAUCCGAAAGCAACAUGCUCGAGUCAAGCAUCUACAGCGAGCUGCAGUUUACAACCAGCAACAACAGUCCAGCUCCACCUGCAACACAAUCUGUGGCAGCUGCACUCAACACGAGCGCCUGCUCUCGCAGUGAUUCGCGUCAGAGCAAGCGCACGCGCCGCAAGUUGCACAAGAGCAAAAGUAAAUGCAGCAACAAUGUUGCCGUCGUUGCUGGCGCUGGCGCCACAACAGCAACAACAACUGUGGUGGCGCCACCUGUUGGCAGCUAUCCGCCACAAUAUACGGCCAUCUUUUUGGAUCAUCAUCAAGCAGCGGCAGCAGCAGCAGCAAACGCAGCAGCCGCAUCGCCAUUCCUGAGUGCAUCAAAUGCAGACGCGGCUGCAGCCAACUAUUUGCAAUAUCAUCAGUACUAUCAGCAACGUCCCAUGGGCAUGGGCCAUCCUCACCAGCAUCCACAUCAUCAUCAUCUGCGCAGAACCCUCUUGGACGUGGCUGUACCACUCGCUGGAGGCAGCGGCGAUGUGGCCACCAAUCUGGCCAGCACCAAUGUGAAUCUCAACAUGUCCGGCGUGGCUUCAGCCAACGGCGUGCUGGGCAGUAGCGAACUGAGUGCAGCGCCACUCGGCUACAGCUUUCGGAAAUGGUUUGCGCGACCCUCGCUGCCCUUUGUCAUUGGCAUCUUUGCGCUGGGGGGCGUGGCCUGCACACUGGGCGGAAUUGUGCUUGGCUCGACGGGAUUGAUCGAGCACUCGACACAGUAUCUGAGUGCAGCGCUGCUCAUGAUUGGCAUUGGCGUCUCGCUGCUCGUCAUCUCGGGUGCCAUUUGGCGACUGAGUUUACCCGAUGACGUCGACGAUUGUCCGUGCUUCCGGCGCAUGGAGACGUGUCGGAACUGCAAUAGUCCGCACUGCACGAAUCGCCUGUUGCCGGGCAGUUAUCUGUAUCCCGAGUUCCAGCAUCGUCCGCCGCCACCAUCGUAUCUGACCUCGUUGAACGAAUACGCCUUUGUGUAUCAUCCCAGUGCGCAUCCACAGCAGGCGGCUUAUGCCACAGUUCGUAUGAACACCCCGCCACCGCUGUAUCGCUCCACCUACUCCCUGAACACUUCCACGUCGCAUGUGUUGGGCGGAGGCGUGGCAUUGCCGCCCACCAGUGAGCAGCCAGCAGAGGAGCAGUUAACGGUGCUCUGCACACGCGAAGCCAUCAGCCAGACGUCCUUCAAGGAGCUGGAGAUCGAUGAGUUGCAUCACGAGGAGCCGCCCACACGAGAGGCCGAAAGCCAAACGCUCUUCAAGGAGGUCGAACUGGACUAGACUGUGCUGCCAAAGGAAUCUCAAUUCUGUCACCUGGUUCCCAGUUCUCAGUUCUCAGCUCCCAGAUCACAGUUGUUGUCGCCUCCCCGCCCCCAUCAACUCUUGACUGAUUUUUACUAUAUACAAAACUUGAUGCGUAUCUUCAACAUAUGGAAAUCCAAGAAAACUGUACAAAUUAUUUAGCGAAUUUUAAGUGUACAUAAUUUAUACAUAUAUAUAUCCUUUACAUCCUAUUAAUAUACAUAUACAAUGCAUAUUAUAUACAUAUAUCGAUAUACGAUUUAAUAUUUAGUGUAGCGUUUAACUGCAGAUGUUUUUCAGUUUUAUGUUUAUGUUGAUCAUAUUCCAAAUGCCAAAUUUACUCGUAAAU